UCUUCAGUCUAACACCUAACAAGCGCUGAUGUUGAUUGUUGACCUUUUUAUCAUGUCCUGGUUCAUGUGUACCGUAACUGCAACUAAUUCUGGACAUACACCCAUUCAGGUUCAUGUGUACCGUAACUGCAACUAAUUCUGGACAUACACCCAUUCAGGUUUAUUGUUACUUUGUUCUGAUUUGGUUGUGCACCAUGCUCUGUUUCGUGUACUAGAUUUAAUUUGAGUUAUAAAAAGCAUGUUCUUCUGUCCUUUAAUAGUUCAAUUUAAAAUUUUAUCUUACUUUUAUCUGCGGAUACACUCUGACAAGUAAUCAAAACCUCAUUUGAGAGCGUCUUCUGCAAUAUUUGCUUUCUACUGUAACAAACAUGCAGCCUUUCAAUAGCAGUGCACACUAACCACAUUCCUACCAAACCAAAAGGACCUGUGCUUCCUAUUCUGCUGUUGGAGCCUGCAGAAUCUCUCAACAAACACCACUUGUUUUAGUCCAGAUUUCUGAACUAACACUCUAACAGAGGAACAAUAGAAUGUUCCUAGUAUCAGAUGGAAACGAAUAUAAAGCAUUGCAACUACUCAAAGGAUGGCCUUACUGUUUCUGUGUAUCAGUCAUAGAUGAAGGUUUUAGCAUUACAAAGAUGGCAUACGAGAAGAAACCUGUCAGCAGUUUUACUGUCAAGUUUGGAUUGGUGCUUCUUGCAGGAUGCAUUCUUGUGCCGAUAUCACUUGCCACAAUGUUCCGGCAUUGCUCGGUUCCUCUGCAAACAUUGAGCUUGUUGUUUUCAGUAGGUCCGGCUUCUUCAGUAAAGUGGGGAGAGGAAAGAUUAGGCUCUCAUCGUUACGGUAGAAACAAAGGGCCCGUGCUUUGCGACUUUUCGAGCUCGAGAUCCGACAUGUGCGAGCUGAAAGGCGACGUCCGCGUCCUGCCCAACGCCACGAUCGUCCUCCGCCAUCCGUGGGCGAGGCGUCAGUCAUGGAGGAUGAAGCCGCACGGCAGGAAGAACGACCGGCACGCGCUCGCCCGCGUCACUGAGGUGACGGUGGCGUCGUCGCAUUCGCAUCACACCGCCGGCGCUGCUCCCCGAUGCACGGCCAGCUACACCGCCCCGGCGGUCGUCUUCUCCGUCGGCGGCUACGCGGGGAACAUGUUCCACGACCUGACGGACGUCCUCGUCCCGCUGUUCAUCACCACGCGGCGGUUCGGCGGCGACGUGCACCUCCUCGUCAGCGACGCCCAGCCAUGGUGGCUCGACAAGUUCCGGCCGCUGCUCGGUGCACUCUCCCGGCACGCAGUAGUGGACAUGAACAGGGGAGGAAGCAGGGGCGUGCUCUGCUACCCCCACGUGAUCCUAGGCCUCAAGUUCCACAAGGAGAUGAGCGUGGACGCCGCGAGGACCGCCGGCGAGUACUCCAUGGCCGACUUCACCCUCCUCGCCCGACGAUCCUACGGCCUGACUCGGGACACGGCCAUCCGUCUCGGCGACGGCAACCGUUCCUCCUCCGCCGCCGUCCGGCCCAGGCUGCUCCUCAUCUCCCGGAAGUCGACCAGGGCGUUCACCAACGCCGGCGCCGUCGCGCGGGCCGCCGCCGCGCUCGGGUUCGAGGUGGUGGUGGGCGAGCCGGCGCGGCACGCGGACCUGCCGUCGUUCGCGCGGGUGGUGAACUCGUGCGACGUGCUGGUGGGCGUGCACGGCGCCGGGCUGGCCAACCUGGUGUUCCUCCCCGCGGGGGCCGUGGUGGUGCAGGUGGUGCCGCUGGGCGGGCUGGACGCCAUGGCCGCGGAGGACUUCGGCGCGCCCGCGACGGACGCGGGGCUCCGGUACGUGCACUACGGCAUCGCCGUGGAGGAGAGCUCGCUGGCGAGGCGGUACCCGCGCGACCACCGCGUGCUGAGGGACCCGGCGGCGGUGAGAAGGGAAGGGUGGAUGGCGCUGCGGGCGGCGUACCUGGUGGGCCAGAACGUGACCAUCGACGUCCGCCGGUUCGGUGGCGCCUUGCGCCGCGCCAUGGAGCUUCUCCGCCAGACGGAAGAGUGACUGGGGCGGCCCAUGUUCGCUUCUGUAAUUACGGCCCAAAGCCUCGAGGGUAGUCCCAGCCUUGAUGGCCCAUUAUGCUGUAUACUACGGCAGCCUAGUAAGGUAGUCCCAGGUUUGAUGGCCCAUUAUGCUGUGCCCGUGUAUUGCUGUCAGGUAAUCAGGCUUAUCUUCCACUAAAAAAAAGAUAAUCAGGCUUAUCUUCCACUAAAAAAAGGUAAUCAGUAUAUUCCCCCGUCUCAAA